CCAUUCCUAAAUUCCUUUAUAAAUAUUAAAAAUUUAACAUUUCCCCAAAACAUCAUAUUUUUUUGACAUUGAAAAAAAUAUUUAUUUCAAUACUAACAACGUCAACAUGGUAACUUGAUGCACCCUGUUGUUAGGAGAAAAAAACAAUGUCUUCAUCUUCAGUUCUUUUACUUCUUCGAAGAAUAAACGAAGCAAGUUUUAAACGUCAUCCAUUACUAACCAACGUUGCUCUCUCAUCUCUGCUUGCUGGAACAUCAGAUUACAUUGCUCAGAAAGUCGUUCAAGGUCAUAAAAUCCUGGACAAGGAGAGAACAAGACAUGUCAUGACAUAUGGUUGCACUACAGCACCACUCUGGCAUCUAUGGUACAAAAUGAUUGAUAAAUAUAUUAAACGAACACAUACAUGGUUGAAAGUCUUUUUAGACCAGACAACAGUAACACCCUUAGACUAUCUUGGUUUUUUUGCAGUGUUUAACUACAUGAAAGGAGAUACUUUUGAAGAAUGUUUUAAUGAAUUGAAUCGAGUGUAUUUUAAAGCAUUUAUACCAGACACCAUAUUUUGGCCAUUUGCUACAUUUGUAGGUUACAAGUACAUAUCACUACGCUACAGGUUCUUUUAUUUUGAAUUCUUGAACCUUCUUUGGGAUACUUUUUUAUGUUGCCUAAAAUUUCCAAGUGAACAGGAAAAUGACAGCUCAAACAAGCAUUAUAUAAAAAAGACUCAGGUAUCUUCUCGUCAACAAUGUGAUUUAUUGCAUACACAGCCAGAUCAUCUGAACUUGUUAAGUGAAAAACAAUUUUUUAAAAAAAUAACUGAUCAAAUGGCACAAGAAUGUGAUUUAUUUCACUUGGGUAAUGCUAUUGAUAUUGAAAGAGAAAACAAGAUUUAGAAAAAAGAUUGUUUAAAACAAAAACAAAACAAAAUGUAUUACAUAAAAUGGUGUUAAAUUUAUAAAAUAUUAUUUAUAAUCUGUUUAUAUUUCAUUAAAAUAUAUAUUGACUUAUCUUUUCUAUCUAGUGAGGUAGAAAUUGUCUGAAAUAA